AUGGCACCCAAGACGAGCGGUAAGGCGGCGAAAAAGUCCGGUAAGGCGCAGAAGAAUAUUUCGAAGACCGACAAGAAAAAGAAGAAGCAUAAGAGGAAGGAGAGUUACGCUAUCUACAUCUACAAAGUGCUCAAGCAGGUGCACCCGGACACCGGUAUCUCGUCGAAGGCCAUGACCAUCAUGAAGUCAUUCGUGAACGACAUCUUCGAACGUAUCGCGGCUGAGGCGUCCCGACUUGCGCACUACAACAAGCGUUCCACGAUCACAUCCCGGGAGGUGCAGACGAGCGUGAGGUUCCUGCUGCCCAGUGAGCUGGCCAAACACGCGGUCAGCGAGGGCACCAAGGCGGUGACCAAGUACACGAGCUCAAAGUGA